AUGUCCGGGGGCUUCGAGCUGCAACCGCAGGACGGCGGCCCCCGGGUGGCCCUGGCGCCCGGGGAGACGGUGAUCGGCCGCGGGCCGCUGCUGCGAAUAACAGACAAGAGAGUGUCCAGAAGACAUGCAAUUCUUGAGGUGGUUGGUGGCCAGCUUCGAAUCAAACCGAUACACACAAAUCCAUGUUUUUAUCAGUCUUCUGAGAAGAGCCAGCUCUUACCAUUGAAGAGAAAUCUAUGGCGCUGGUUGAAUCCUGGAGACAGUUUUUCUUUGCUGGUCGACAAAUACAUUUUUUGUGUUUUCUCUACACACUCUGAAACAGAAAUGGAAUGUACUUUAAGAAAUAGUCAGAUGCUUGAUGAAGAUAAUAUUCUAAAUGAAACACCAAAAUCAUCCUCGGUUAAUUCGCCUGAUGAAACAACUGGUAACCCACAGCUGGAAAGAAGCACAGAAAUAGCUAAGACCCAAACUGCCACUGCAAAUAGUGAGUGUUUCCUAGGUGAAGGUAGAGACAUCAGUAAGCAACAGUCUAACCCUGCCCAGAGGAGAAGAAUCCUGCCAGCAUGGAUGUUAACAGGCAAUCGAAGUGACCAAGACCUUUCAGCACCAGCCAGCAGUGGGGGUAAUAUAAUCCAGGGAAGUGGAAAAGAAGGAAUCUGCAGAAAGCGAUUAAAUUCAUCAGGAAGUUCAAAAAGUACAUCAGCAGAGCAAGACACAGGGAAAAAGUGCAAAAAUGCUGAUCAGGAAGAGUCUAUCAUUUCAUCCAAGGAAAUGCCGCAGUCAUCUUCUGCAAUCAUAUUAAAUAAUGCAGAAGUAAAUAAUAAGAAGGCUAAUACACAGAGAAGUGAAAUCCCAAUAGAGGAAUGUGGUAAGGUUCCUGAACAUAAGAUUAUUAUGAAAGGAACACGAGAUAAAGAAGGCAAGAUGAUGGACUGUUCUGAGGGUUACUUGACUGCCCAGGACAAGUCCUUCCACGAGGAGUCUCAAGGAUCUCCUCCUGAGUCCAGUUCUGAUCUCUCCAAUCCUGAAACUUUGCAUGCAAAGGCAACUGAUUCAGUUCCACAAGGUUCUGAAGAAAACAAGAUCAAGAGGACAUCCUGUAUGUAUGGGGCAAACUGCUACAGGAAGAAUCCUGUCCAUUUUCAACACUUCAGUCACCCUGGAGAUAGUGAUUAUGGAGGCAUACAAAUCAUGUGUCAAGAUGAGGCUGAUGAGAGGCCUGAAUGUCCCUAUGGAGCAUCUUGCUAUAGGAAGAAUCCCCAGCACAAGAUAGAAUAUAGACAUAGUACACAUCCAGUGAGGAGCAUAUCAGAUGAAGAUAGUGAUAAUGUUGGGCAAUCCAAUGAGUAUGACCUCAAUGACCGUUUUCUAGAUGAUGAGGAAGAAGAAUAUGAGCCAACAGAUGAAGAUUCUGACUGGGAACCAGGGCAGGAAGACCAAGAGAAGGAAGAUAUGGAAGAGCUUUUGAAAGAAGCAAAAAAAUUUAUGAAAAGGAAAAAGUAA